AUUGCAGUCAAAUAUCCUCGAUUUGUGUGGCUCUGGUGGGCUCAGAUUGUGGCUCCUCAUGCCAUCAUCGCCUUCGCAUUCAGCCCCAAUUGAGCUCUGCAUCAAACUCAAUUGUCACAACUGUUGCAGCCCACCUCGCGGAAGUUGUAAUCGAGAUUUGAGACCGCGGCGUUGAGUGUGGAGAAAGCUUGAACAAUGGCGACGAUCAUGGCUGCCGCUGUUGCUGCAGGGAGCACCGUCUCCACCUUCGCGAAGGCGUCGUCCUCCAGCUCCGUGCUUGGACGUGGCGCCCAGGCUGCCGCUCCCCUUCGCUCCGUUGCCUGUGCAUCUCUCGGAGGCAAAUCCAGCUCUCUGUAUGGCGCGCAAGUAAUCAACGCACGCAAUGCAGUGGCCCAGAAGGCCUCAUCCACCAAUAGGGAGGCUCUGAUCCGCGCCGAGCUCGGCGAUAGCUUAGAGGAAUUUCUUGCUAAGGCAACUCCUGACAAGAAGCUGGCUAGGUUGUUGGUGUGCAUGGGGGAGGCCCUCCGCACCAUCGCCUUCAAGGUACGCACGGCAUCCUGCGGCGCUACCGCCUGCGUUAACACCUUCGGAGAUGAGCAGCUUGCUGUCGACAUGCUCGCUGACAAGCUUCUCUUUGAGGCGCUCCGCUACUCCCACGUCUGCAAGUACGCAUGCUCGGAGGAGGAGCCCGUCCUCCAGGAUAUGGAAGGAGAGGGCUUCAGCGUUGCGUUCGACCCCUUGGACGGCUCCAGCAUUGUCGACACCAACUUCACCGUGGGCACCAUCUUCGGCGUCUGGCCUGGGGACAAGCUCACUGGAAUCACGGGCCGCGACCAAGCUGCAUCCGCCAUGGGUAUUUACGGACCACGCACCACCUACGUCAUUGCAAUCAACGGCUUCCCCGGCACUCACGAGUUUCUCCUCAUGGACGACGGGAAGUGGCAGCACGUGAAGGAGACCACUGAGAUCAAGGAAGGCAAGCUCUUCUCCCCCGGAAACUUGAGGGCUACAUUCGACAACGCCGACUACGAGAAGCUGAUCAACUACUACGUGAGCGAGAAGUACACUCUCCGGUACACUGGAGGCAUGGUCCCGGACGUGAACCAGCUCAUCGUGAAGGAGAGAGGCAUCUUCACAAACGUGACCUCGCCAUCCACCAAGGCGAAGCUGAGGCUUCUGUUCGAGGUCGCGCCAUUGGGAUUGCUGAUUGAGAAUGCCGGAGGAUACUCCAGCGACGGCAAGCAAUCCGUGCUCGACAAGCAGGUGGUGAACACCGACGACAGGACCCAGGUCGCAUACGGAUCCCGCGACGAAAUCAUCCGCUUCGAGGAGAUGCUGUAUGGCGACUCCAGGCUCAAGGCCGAGCUUGCAGCUCUCAAGGCUUAGAAGUAGCAGCAGGCUGUGAGGGACCAGCUCCCCGGUCUGAACAUGAGCUAUCAAUUUUUUUCUUUUUUUUUUCCCUUUGUUCCUCCUAAAAAUUGUUUUAAAAUUCUAAUUUCACCUCCAUUACCACUUCCA